AUGGGUGUGAACGAUUUGUGGUCCAUCCUCGAACCGGUCCGUGAGUCGGUGCCGCUGUACAGCUUGAGUGGACAGACGCUGGCGGUGGACCUCAGCAUGUGGGUAUGCGAGGCCCAGCACGUCCAGGCAAUGAUGGGGAAAGUCACCAAACCUCACCUGAGGAAUUUGUUUUUUAGAGUGUCGGCCCUUACACAAAUGGGGAUAAAGCUUGUUUUCGUCAUUGAGGGGGAAGCUCCAAAGCUAAAAGCAGAAACCAUAAGCAAAAGGAUAGAAUCAAGGUUUGAAAAGUUUAAAAGGGCUGCCCCAAAUUCUGCAGCCACAAAACACACCAGCAGCACCAGCAGAGGGCGCCUUAAAGUCCUCCUUAGAGAGUGUGCAGAGAUGCUGGAUUACAUGGGUGUGCCCUGGGUGACAGCUGCUGGGGAGGCUGAGGCCAUGUGUGCCUACCUGGACUCCCAAGGCCUGGUGGACGGCUGCAUCACCAAUGACGGAGAUGCCUUCUUGUAUGGAGCUCAGACUGUCUACAGAAAUUUCAACAUGAACACCAAGGACCCUCAGGUGGACUGUUAUAGGACAUCACGAGUACAAACUGAGCUCCGUUUGUCCAGAGAGAAUCUUGUUGGUCUGGCUAUCCUUCUUGGCUGUGAUUACAUUCCUAAGGGUAUACCAGGAGUUGGCAAAGAGCAAGCUCUGAGGCUGAUCCAUGCAUUGACUGUACAAUCACUUCUUCAGCGGUUCCAUUGGUGGAAGGAAGAGGAUGUAGGUGUUCCUGAGAGAGUUGUAAAGAAAGUCCCGCACUGUCAUGUAUGCCACCAUCCUGGCUCAGCUAAGGCCCAUGAGCGUUGUGGCUGUGUGUUGUGCAACAGCAAACGAUUCUGUGAGCCUCAGGAUUUUGACUACCAGUGUCCCUGUGACUGGCAUUGUUAUGAACGGACACACCAGGCCUCCUCUUGUGAAGCCAGAAUCAGGAAGAAAACAUUGGCAAGUGAACAUUUCCCAUUUACAGAGAUCAUCAAUGAAUUCCUGGUCACCAAAGAUAAGCAUGUGUCUAAUUUCAGAUGGAGGAAGCCAAAUAUGAUGCUGAUGCAGAACUUUGCCUAUGAAAAAAUGGAGUGGCCCAAGCACUACACCAGCGAAAAGGUUCUAGUCCUGAUGACGUACACGGAGCUGAUGAACAGAAAAUGUGGCAAGGGGUCACCUUCACUAAUUAAACCACUCAGAAUAUUCAAACCGAGAGUGAGAAACGCAGUUCCCUGCUUUGAAGUCAUCUGGAGCACACCAGAAAAUUAUGUGUUUCCUGAUGGUCAGCCGGCAGAGAGUCAGACUGAGGUGACGACGGUGGAGAAAGAGUCUCUGUUUUCUUUGGCCUACCCAGAGAUUGUGGAGCUCUUCCUAAAAAACAAAGCUCUGGCCGAGGAGAGCAAUAACAAGAAGAAGACAUCAAAAAGCAAAAAGAAGUCCUGUGAUCCCUGUGAUGAUGUGUCUGACCUCGUGUCUCAGAUGACCCUUCAGCUUUCCACUCAAGCUAAUAUUGAAACCCAAACACAGAUGCGGUUUCCUGCUAUUUUGAGUCCAGACAAAACUGAUAUAUUUGUUUUGGAAUCUUCCGGACCCCAUAAACAACACCUGAAUCCUAGAGAAAUCCACCACAGUCUCAGAGAUUGCUCCAAUUCUCAAGUCGAAGAGGUAGAAUCUCCGAUCUCUUCCAGUUCCUGCGGGAGCGUAACAGGGUCAGAGGUUAUGGCUUCACCCUCUGUCUCCACUAUUAUUGAUGCACUGCACCUGAGUAGCAUUGACUGGGAUGCUUUGUCCUUUACAUCCUCCCCACCACCUCAAGCAGCUGCCGACCGCACUGCAGGACCCAAGCUGAAUGCCGGUAAUGCAAUGAGACAACCCGCCUUGGAGCUGUGCCACACUGAGUGUCCGCUGAGGGACAGGGUUCUCAUGAGGAAUGCAGUAAAAAGUGUAAACCAAACAGAGACAGAAAACGAUGCGUUCACAAAGCAACUAAGCUUUGAGCCGGCUUUUCCAAAGCCUAUUUCUUCUCACAACUCAAAGCCAAGUGGACAGAUCGCUGUUAAAGGUUGUAAUGACACCAAGUCACUAGAGACGCAACAUGUGGGUGAUAGAAAAGCUCUUAAGCAUAAAGACCAGAAUGUGACUGCUACUAAGGCAGACCAGGCCCUUCACAUUCCAAAACAACAUGUAGUGCCCGUAGCACAAGCUCAAAGUGAGGCAAAAGUUAAUAGAAAUUAUCCUCAAAAGCCUGAUCAGAAAUAUAAGUUUGUCAAGACAUCAAUUUCCUCUACUCUUGUGCCACCCCUGAGGUGCCAUUCUGACCCUUGUAAAAGUGAGAAGGACAGGAUGGGGCUUAAGACCACCAAGAAGAGUGUGUGUGUCAGUGUGUGUUCAUCAAGCGAGGACAGUGAUGCGGAGAACCAAGAGUUUGGAGCACAGAGGAGGGAGAAGGUCAAGCUCAACAGGCAGCCACCACCCAGCUUACGCACGGAUUUCUCCCUGAAACCCACUUCCAUACUACCUAUAGCUAAAGAAACAUUAAACCUCACCCAUGAAUUUCAAUUAGGCCCUAAGCAUCUCUGCAGUAGUGUAGAUGUUGGGGUGAACCUUAAUCUUGCUUCCACUCAGGGCAAGCGCCAUUAUCCUCUGUCAGUAAAGGAUGAUGUGUUUGUCCCAACCCCAGAUUCACCAGUGACAAUAUUAGAUAGUGACGACUCAGUGAUUUGUAGCGACAGCCCAUUGCCACUGGCAGAGAGACUGAGGUUAAAGUUCCUGUAA